CCUCAUUUAACUGCCCGCCAUCUCUCUGUCCCUCUUCACAUUUAAAGCCAACAAAACAAACGUUGGCGUCACCGCCUGCCAGUCUCUCAUGUCUGUUACGCAUCCGAGAAGAGAGAUGGCGGAGGGGAAGGGUAACGGAGUGGACGCGGCGGCGCUUUCCCGGAAGCGGCCGCGGGCGCCCAUCCGGCGGACUACGAGCAUGAAGGAGUUCUCCGCGGAGGAUCUGGCGGCGGCGGUGGAGGGCGGAGAGGGUAUCCGUCGUCGCCACAACGAUUUCCUCCUGCGGGAGCGGCGGGUGGAGGCGGCGGCGUUGGAUGCGCCGCCAAGGAGCAUCCAUCGGCGAAGCUUCAGCGACGUCUGGGCGACGACCAAGUUCUUGAUGACCUGUGGCCUCUGCAAUCGCCGCCUCGGCCCUGGGUUCGAUACCUUCAUCUAUCGGGGUGAGAUGUCGUUUUGUAGCUUUGAGUGCAGACAACACAAGAUGAACCAAGAUGAGCUGAGAGAUAAAGGAAUGCUGGAGUCCAAGAAGAGUGAUGCAACCCACUCAACCACAGAUUCACAAAGCACUGGUGAUGGCCAAAGUUGACUGCUAAAUGAUGCAGCAUGUUAGUUCCUCCAAAACAUCAAUGAAGGUACGUACAUACCCCAGCUGCCUCAAAAGGAAGUUUUCACUCUUAUUUGCCAACCAACGCAGUAUUGUAUAUAUAUAUAUAUAUAUAUAUAUAUAUAUAUAUAUAUAUAUCACAUUUCAUGUAGGCAUAUGUUGGUGUUUGCAUACAUUUGUAUUUAUGAAUCCAAUGGGUUCAUGUAUGUAGAAAACUUGGUCAUCUUUUUGUUGGGAAUUCCUGUUGCUUCUUUGUUUCCAAAAUGGAAAUAAAAGAGUAAAGCUAAAAUGAUUUAUUCUUUUGCUAUGUAGUAUCAAUAUCAAAGAAGUCAAUACUG